AAUGAGUGCUAUACAUGAUAAAGAUCACAGCUUCAAGUUCAAGUUGCUGAAGAGUGGCCUUUCAGUGGGCCAGCGUACAACCAAUACCCAAAGGCCGACACUACUGCCAUCGGCAUCCGUCAACAUUGGACAUCUUUGAUAGUGGUCACUGGUGGUUCACGAAGUGGUAGAGGUCUGACCCAGCUCACGUGUUCCCGGGCCAAUGCCGGCGGCAAGACCGGUACCAUGGCAUUCAGUUCCGCUCUGUGUAAUCAGCCUCGUAUCAUCGCCUUUUUUUUUUGGUUGUGGUUGGAGUGCCAGGAAGGUCGAGUCUAGGCACAGGUCAAUGCAGCUUGGCAUUAACUAUACUUCCAUGUUGGCGGCAUUCUCGACCUUAUCCAGCUGUCAGAACCGGAGGGAUCUCUCCGCACCUAAAACUAUAACAAUAUUCAACGUUCGUCGUCUUUUCACUGUUAUCUCCGCGAGUACCUGUCUACUCAGGGUCGCUGUAUCAAACCUUUCGGAUUUUUUCAUCCGGACAAGUAUCAGAAAGCCAAGGCAGAAACGCUGGGAUGGGCGGAUUCUCAGUUCCAUUGAGAACAAUACAAUGUGGAUUAUGGACCUAUCAGGAUUCUUCACAGGAUACGCCAGUGUCUCAGAGUACCCUAAAAUUUGCGCUACCAAUCAUUAGUUUCUUUGAACUGGCAGGCCGUCGGAAGCGGAAUUUCCACCAGCAUCUCAGAGUCGUGCUUUGUGAUACGAUUUCCAGUGCGACUCCCCGUUUCUCAUGACCCUACAAAUCUCCUUGGCAUCUUCUUUGUGACAGCUGCAUACUACGCUCAACAAUCGUGCUGCUCAUGUGUUGCACUGACC